CACAUUCACCGUGUACAUCGCACGCGUCCAACCACCGAUCCGAUCGCACAGUACAGUUGCUCGCCCGCGUCCGGCAGAUCAGUCAGACAAAUUUUUUUCCUAUACGCGCUCGCUCGCACGCCCGCACACACGUUGUUCUCGUAUGCUUAUAUACAAAAUAUAAGUACGAAAUACGCGUAUAUAAUAAGCGCCGGCACCGCUGCUGCUGUUGGGACGUCGUAUAAUAUCUGUCGCGUGUGUGCGUGUGUGAGUGUGAGUGUAUACUGUACACGUACAUUAGGUACGUGAGUGUGUGCACAAAGAUAACAAUCGCACAAUAUUAGUAAUAAUAUUAUAACUGUAAUAAUUCAAAGUCGUAGUUUAACAUACAGCUGCAACGCUGCUAGCAAAGCGGUGCAAUCCGCAGUCGUCGUCCAUAACAGGGUUCGGCGCGACCAGUAAAGCACGGGGUAGACCGGGCCAAACGCGGUCGUCGCGACUGCAAGUGGCAGCAGAGUUACGCCGGAAAACAAGAACGAUCGGCUGACAAAAGAUCUUGGGGCCAAUCAUCAUUGUAAGCUGCUGUCGUCGACGAUACAACGACAUAUAUUAUCGUAUUGUUCAAAUACCCAAGAUCAAUCGAAAUGAUACCACCAUCGACUUCGAUGACAUCGGUCAGACGGUGUUCCGUCCUGACCGCCACUCUACUGCUGUUGUUAGCGGUAGCCGCCACUUUGCCAUCCAGCGCCCGGUCGUCCGCCAUACGUCCAGCGUCAUCUGCCAUAUCCACCGACACCGCAGCCGCUGAUUCCCCGUUAGUGCCAAGCAACUGGCACGGGGCUUCGGACGUUCCUGCUGACGUACCGACGUCGGCCGCCGGAAGGACUGUGGUUGUCAGAAAAAAAAGGACGUUGCUCAAACUCAAGCCGCUCAUCGUGUUGCCAGUGAAGGUGGCGCUGGGCACUGGCGCCAAGCUGGUGGCCGGGGCCAAGCUCGGAGCCAAGGCGGUCGGGGUAGGCUCGAAAGCACUGGGCGUCAGUCUAGUUGGACUGAAAGCCGUCCAUAAGGUUGCUAAAGUGACGGUGAAGGCGGCCACCGCGUUGGGCGUUAAGGCGGUUCUGCUCAACUUUUUGUUUCAGAAAAUCAAUCAGGUGAUUGACUUUAAGACUCGUUUACUGAGCAAUCUUGAUCAGCGCAACCGGCAGCAGAAUGCACAAUUCCUGUCACCAGUGUUGACCCAAUCCUCUUCGUCUGCGAAAUCAGGAUCGAUCGGAAACAAGGACAAUGCCACAUUCAACGGUGUUGCCGCCUCAGCUUCAGUCGACACUUUCGUCGCUGCACCAGACUUCGUGGUCGCUGCUGAUGCACCGGGAUUUGUCACAAACUCGCCACCGACAGCCUUUGUCCCCGGAUCGGAUCUGAUCGCUUCGCCACCUCCACCGUCACAGCAGGACUUUGCGGGAGCACCACCGAACUUUGCCGGAACCCCAGCAAAUUUUGAGGGUACUUCAUCGAGCUUUGCCGGCGCUCCUCCUGGAUUUCCAGCCUUCCAGCCAAGUUUCGCCGCCGAACCGUCGAGCUUUGCUGCGACAAACGAUGAUGGAUCACCAUCGUCGGAGACUUCAUUCUAAAAAUAUGCGUCCUCUCGUCGUCGUCAUAUCGUCGUUUCCUCAAUCGCAUCGACACUUGCCAGCCACACCGCCAUAAUAUAUUCCAUAAUCGUCAUUUAUACAUAUUAUCCAUCAUUAUAUGUCUAAGUAUAAUCAUAAAUCAUAACAUAUAGUAAUAAUAGUUGUUGAAAAGUAUAGGCAAGUAGUACAAACGGUCGGGUCGUGUUUUUUGACCAACUCACCUAUAAGAUCAGAAUUAUAACAACCGUUCGACUGUACCUAUGUAUAAAACGAAAUUUUAGACAUAGGCUAAAACCACAAGUAUAAACUACCAGUCUUCGUUAUUCUUUGACACAAUGAUUCGUAUAAUUAAAAAAGAAAAAGAUUCGUUUGAUUUUGCAGUCCUGAUCGAUUAUUUUAUAACAUUUAAUUCAAGGUACGGAUUAAACUGUGAAUAGCACGUUUAUUAGCUAUCACUAUAUGACUAUAUGUGUUAUAAAAUGUCAUGUAUGACAUUAAAACGAGUAUACUCGUACGUGAUAUUGUAUAACCAAUUUAAAUUAAAUUAUUAUUAACGUAUUUUUAUAGUUAUAUUAUAAAUAAAUUAUUUGAUAAUACAGCCACAUAAGCUCGAGUGUAACCGAUAAUCAAAAUUUAGUUUUAAUAUGUAAAAUUAUGCAAUAUUUAUAAACGCAUAUACAUUAUUAUAUUAACACAACUCUGUAAUGCAUGUCAGUAAAUUUACCGUAAUUGUACGUUUUAUAAAUUAUAAAUUCAAGAGUUACAGUGCAUUAUAUAGUACUCAGUACACUUAAUAAAUAAUAAUUUGACUACAUAUACGAGUAUAUAACUACGUAAGCAUCUAAUAAUAUUCGUGUAUUUUAUUUAUUAUAUAUUAUAAUAUAUACCACAGAGGGAUCGGCAAUUAUUCCAUUUUACUUUCAUAUUAUACUAAAUACUUAGGUACGUUAAUAAUUAAUAGGUUGUAAUUUUUUUUGUUGCGAAAUCCAUCAAUGUUAUGUGCAAUCACUUGUCUCUUCUUCAUCGCGUCGUUUUCAUAAUUUUCAUAAUUUUAACCAUGCAUGUCGACUGCAGAUUUUUUAACAGUCCUUUCAUCACACCAAUAACCAUUAUUAUUAUUAUUAACUAUUAUUAAACCACAUUAUCAUUAGUACUAUUUUCGAUUUUCAUUCAUCAUAAUUAUCAUUAUCAUUAGUCAAUAACCAUUUUAUCAGUCAAUCAUUGUCAUCUUAUAUGUAACAUCAUUAAUUCAUCAUAAAUGAAUGUUAAAUAAAAAUUACAUAUUGUAUUACAUAAUAGUUGGUCUCGUAGCCUUACUAAGUUAGUGUCAUUUAUAUAGGUUUUAGUAAAUUUUAGUAGUUAAAGUAAAUACAACUGUUAGUAUAUUAUUUAUUACUGUAGUUGUAGAGUGCUUAUUUUUUUUUUCAAAAGUAGAUACUUCAACUCCAUCAACUAUAUUUAUAUAAUAUUAUAGAACGUUAAAAUAAAUAAGCUUGUUUCCGAUUAUUAGACAAUAGUAUAUUAUUGUUGAAAACAAUGAGAUGUAUUGUAACAUUUGCGAACAAGCCUUAUCGUACUGUAUGCUGUGUCAUUUUUUUGAUACGAUAUUAAUAUAUUAUUAUUAUUUUCGGUGUAAAUAUUUAUUUAUCAUUUUUUAUUGAUAUUUUAUCUGUGGCUUGGAAUGUAAGUAUUUUUAAAGGGUCUAAUGACAUUUUUAAAAUUAUUAUUGGUAAUGUUCAAUUUAAGGAUUCAGUCUAAUUUUUUUUCAACAUUAUACACAAUUAUAUUAAGUACCACUAUAGGAUUUAUUUUUUCUGAAAUUUAAAAAAAUUAAUAAGUAUUCUAGAACAUCGUAAUAAAAUAAAUCAACGAUAAUUGAAACUCAAU